AUGGACAAACCUUUCUCUCGCGACUACCACCCGGUCCCCAAAGCAGAUACUGAUGGGGACAGCGAUGCCACCAUCACAAACAGACCUCCCCGCCGGGGCUUGCAGCAAUUUUUGAAGCGAAAUCUCGCCGCAAUCACCAUCACUGGUCUACUCAUGGUCCUGUUGCUCCUGUUGAUGGCCGUAAUCACAGCCAUCGCCGUGGAACCCUUCCGCAAAGUCCUUGUCGUAAAAGGACCAUCCUCUGACUCUCUCGCAUACCCCGAGUCACUUGAAGGCAAACGACAGUGCCUGACACCAGCUCCAAGAGUGAGAUAUUCGUGCGGUAACUCAACCAAGGAAGCUGAAGCUCUCGGCUGCGCCUACGAUCCUCUUGCUGGCUGCUGGCUGCACAAAGAAUGUCCACAUGACUUCACGCACGAGUUCGCGCAUUUCAACGACGGCAAACCGUUUGUCUAUUUCUAUGAUGAGGCUGCCACACAGCAGAUGAAAGACUACACUGAACUCGGUAACAACCCGGACUUCUAUUGGACUGCUGUCCGUGAGCAUCUAGUCCAUUGUCUAUAUCUUCUUCGACGAGGACACGAUGUCCACAUGCGUGGUGCUCGUUUGGAUAAUAUGCUUGGGGAUCUGGAGCAUGUUGAUCACUGUACCAACAUGCUGGCUAAUUGGCUGCGGAGACCGGAUCCCGCGUUGGAAGAGAUAGGGACGCAGGGACAGACUCAUUGCUUUAUGUCUUGUGCUUGA